UUCGACCGAGUCAGUUGCUCUCGUAACGGCGGAUAACCCGCAACAAAACGGAAAAGCUCGAGUGCACGUUCAAAUUGUCUGCAACACACACACACAUAUACAUAUAUGUAUAAUACAAAAGUGGCAACAACAAAAGCAUGAAAAUUUUUAAUUAGAAAUUUUUUUGGUGAAAAUUUGUGAAAAAGUAGAAAUAAGACAUUGCCAAAGUAAAAUAUGUGCAAAAAAUUUAAAUAAAAAAUACAAAGGCGAAGGCAAUGCAAAAACGUGUGCGUGUGUGUGCAGGCAUUUGAAAUACAGAGAAAAUGAAUAGUAUGAAAAAAGUGUGUGCCAAGUAGGAAAGAAUCGAUGAAUUGAUUGCGUGCUGCAGUGGAGGCAGCGGGUGGGCGCUGGCGAACGGGCGAAGUCAGCUGGAGUUUGAAAAAGUGAAGCAUAAGCAAAAUUAAAAAAUGGUGUGGUAAAAAACAAUAAAAAAGCUAGCGCAAAUGUAAAGUGAAAUGUGUUACAAAUUCAUAUAAGAAAAAAAUCACAACAACAACAGCAAAAUUCGUGCGUAAGGAAAGUGAAAAUUUAUGUUGCAAAACAUAGUUGUUGUAAGGAUCUGCUUCAGCAGCGCAGUUGGCAUAGAUUUUUGACAACCUGCAUUGCCUACUUACAGGCGUGUUGUUGUAAAAUUUCGGUAGUCACCUGUUAUUAUUGUUGCCGCUGACACGGUUUCGGUGUUAAGCCUUAUUUUGCGCUUGUGAACGAAAAGCCUACUAUAAUUACUUUAGAAAUUAGUCAGAAAACAGUGAACUGAAUAUUUGUAGAUACAUAUAUUUCAAACUCACACACUCACUCUCUUAUUGUCUGAUAAUUGCAUUUUAAUUAAAAAUUAAAAGUCAAGAUUAAUUAAUUAAUUGUGGAUCGAUAAUUGAUUACAUGAAAUUAUAAUGAUUUAAUUCACCUACGCCUUGCAAUUACUGGUAGAAUGAUCAUUUUAUUGCUGUAAAACAAAGCAGUGAAAUAUUAGAAAGACGCCGGUAAAGGAUAAUUAUCACAGAACGAGAGGCGAGUUCCAAGAAGGCGGUCGUUAAUAAACUGAAGAAGAGGUACGAUGACUGCGUAUUGUUAGCGACGAAGCUGCUUGCUCUGGUUGAUCUUAUAGAAUCAAGUAAUUCUUAAUUGCAUACGGUUGAUUAGAGUUCAAACAACUCAUUACAAAUUCAACCAAAAACUUAUAAGUAAAACAUAAAGUCUCUAGAAUGGGUCGUUGGCGACGAACAACGACGACGCCACCCACUACUUACAACAAAUGGAUGCUGAUGUUGACAGUAAUGCUGAUUUGUGCGAAAAACGCAAUGGCGGACAAUUGUUUUCCAUCGGCAUUUGGAGUUCUCAUUUUCAUUUGGAUUCCACAAGUGUCAGCUGAAUGUCAAACACGUUCGAUUUACUGCUAUGAAUGCGACUCAUGGACGGAUGCACGCUGCAAGGAUCCCUUCAACUACACGGCGCUACCGCGUGAUCAACCACCGCUGAUGACCUGCAAUGGCUGUUGUGUGAAAAUGGUGCGGCAUUCGAAAUCACCCUACGAAGUUGUACGACGUAUGUGUACGUCGCAAUUGCAAAUAAAUUUAUUUAUGGUCGAUCAUGUGUGCAUGAUGGAAAGUUCAGGCAAUGGACAUAUGUGCUUUUGUGAGGAAGAUAUGUGCAAUUCUAGUAAAAAUUUAUUGCAAAAUGGUUCAUCACACCAUUACAUCAUGAUCUCAGCGCUCUCAUUCAUAUUAUAUUUACUCAAUCAAAUACAGAUUCGUGCGCAAUUGCAAUUUUUCGCUCGACUAUUGCAAAUGCAUAAACAAAAACAAAAACAAAAACAAAAACAUAUGCAUAAACCAGUAGAAAAAUAUGAGAAACAAAAACCAAAACCAAAACUCUCACAACAUACCCCAACCAGUCAAAUGCAACUCCAACUGCAAUAUCAACAACAAAAACAAAUACAAAUAUCAAAUCACCGUUGUCAUAUGAAUAUACAACAACAACAAGAACAAGAUAAAUUCAGUGUUAAACCGAAAUUUUGUUGCAUGCCAUCAACCGAACAACCAAAACAUGUUGCAUGCCCAAUCAAAACAACAACAACAAAUAAUAUAUGUGCACAAAUCGUAGAAAGAUAGAGUGUAGGUCCAAGUAACCCC